AUGCACCUCACCAUGCAUCUUGCCAUGGUCCGACGUAUAUCAGGCGCUCGUGCCUUGGCAGGUUUGUUAGUUCUCUCAUCGUUGGUGCAGCUUUCUCGAGCCUUUGGCGGAAUCUCGGGCAGAACGACGGCAACAUCAACAGCAAGAACGAGCGGUUGGAGGCAGCAUCAUGCACACGGCGGUGGCGUCCGCCAUAGAUCACUUUCGCCUAUAGUUGGAUUGCCGCCGCGGGUACCACAUGGGCUUCGAUCGGAAGCUGGAGACGGUGGGCAGGGAGGAGGCGGUGACGGCGGUAUUUUUGGAGGGAUCCAAGAGUGGUGGGAACGAGACGGCAAGUCCGACCUCAAGAUCUACGGCACUUCGCUGGCGCUGGCGCUGGUGGUGAGGUCGGUGGCCCUGGAGCCGCGCUUCAUCCCGUCCCUGUCCAUGUUCCCGACCUUCGAGAUUGGCGACCAGCUGGCGGUGGACAAGCUGUCGAGCAAGCUGUCUCGCCCUUACCAGAGGAAGGACGUGGUGGUGUUUUACCCGCCGCCCAAGUUCAGGGAGUUUUCCGACAGGGGGAAGAAAGACGCGCUCAUCAAGCGCGUCAUCGCCGUGGGCGGGGACGCGGUGCAGAUCAAGGAUGGGUCGCUGUUCGUUAACGGGCAGGAGCAGUUUGAGGACUACACUUUCGAGGAGCCGGAGUACUCGUGGGGUCCGCAGACGGUCCCGGAGGGUAUGGUGAUGGUCCUCGGGGACAACCGGAACCACAGCCUGGACUCGCACAUCUGGGGGUUCCUGCCGACGGAGAACGUGAUCGGGAGGGCCAUCUUCAAGUACUGGCCGCCGUGGAGAGCGGGGACGAUCGAGACGUAGUUAUUGUAUUGUACUAAAUAGAACCGCCUUGAGGUGGGGGAAAGGCCCUCGACCUCUUAGAUCUGAGCCUUUUGUGAGGUACCCACACAUGUCGUAGGUCAGGUGUUGACUGCCAGGUCUUCUUUUUUUCAUCCCAGGGAAAACGUGGCAGACCCUGCGUGCGUGGCGAGAAGAAACGCUUUUUUUUGUUUGCGAUGCUUUCGGGAGGAUAAGUCUAGACUUUCGUCCACCACGGCUGCUUCAAAUGCGAGCGAGAAGAAGCAGCGUUCUAUCUAGCCUAGGUAGAUGGAUUAGAGUGAGUUUUUGAGGUAUUUGAUGUUGCCCCAGAGGGGGGACUAGCCUAUGUAU